UCUGUAUAUAUGCAAUAUGGCCACGGCAGGAGUUCGAUUGGAUAAUGUUGGAUAAGAUGGAAGAAAAUGGCAUGCGAAGUGUUAUUAAAUUUUAGUGAAAUGUUUACUCGCUCCGGUUGUGUAGAAUGGGAGGCUGCAUAGGUAUAACGAGGGCAAGAAAUGCCUCGAUCAAUGAUACGUCGGAAAACUCGAGCAGAACUAAUUCGGGGAAUACGAGAAAAAAUCAUCUUUUAUGUCACGAGGUAAUCAGAUGGAAAUCGGAUGUACCUCUGACCGAAGGUCAGUUGAGAAGUAAGCGAGAUGAGUUUUGGGAUACCGCACCAGCGUUUGACGGCCGUAAGGAGAUUUGGGAUGCACUGAGGGCAGGUGCGACUGCAGCGGAGGCGCAGGAUUAUCAGUUGGCACAGGCCAUAUUAGACGGGGCUAACAUUUCUGUACCAAAUGGUUUCUUAACCGAAUGUUACGAUGAGUUAGGAACUCGUUAUCAAGUACCUAUUUAUUGCUUAUCCUACCCAAUUAAUAUCGUAAAAGAAGACAGUGGAAGAGACUCACCUGCUGAUUGCUCAGAACCAGUCGACGAAGGAACAGAACAAACUUUAAAACUUAGACUAUCGACUACUUUAGGAGAAGUUAAACUACCUGUUUACAGCAAUGACACUAUUGCUAUCGCUAAGAAAAAAUUACAGAGUCAAGAAGGUUUGGAACCUUCGCGUCAAAGGUGGUUCUUUGGUGGUAAAUUGCUUGGUGAUAAAAUGCAUGUAGAAGAAGCGAAGGUACAGCCAGGUUACAUAAUACAAGUAAUUGUAAAUCCAGAGAAAUCAGAUAACAUCUCGGCGAAGACUAGUUGAACUGAUAACAUGCAUAAACACGUAACAAAGUAUGUUUCAAUCAGCAAUCAAUAAUAAGCAUACUUUUACGCUUGUUAACAAAACUUGUUAAUCAUAUAUUAAAGUAAGAAUAUUAUGGUUUUUAAUUUUUUUUGUCAUAAUCAUCACGAGUGAUAAAUCAUUUUAGGAUAAAUUCGACGUAACAAAAUUUUCUAUUUACGAAUUUCUCCAUUUAAUGAAAUCGCGAGUUAAGUGCAAUUAAUUUUCACUGUAUCAUAUAUUUAUCCAUAUACGUUAUCAUACAAUGUAAAAAAAAGUUAUGUAAGAAUAAGAGAGAAAGAGAGAGAAAAUAGUAAUAGAAUAAAAAAAGCAUAUCUUUAUAAAUUCGGCUUUCUUCAAUAUGAUGUACUUUCUGCAACAAGAAAAUUGACUGAAAUGAUUUAUUUAUAUUUACGUAAGAUAUAUAUAUAUAUAUAUAUACAUACAAAUAUAUAUGAACAUACUAUUUUUUUAUAAUUCAUAAUGCGUAAGUUUUUGCAAUUUCACAUUAUCAAAAUCUUUCUUUUAUUAUGAUUGCAAAACUCACUAAAAGUGACAUAUUAAAUUACGCAUUAAAACUCAGAACGGCCAUUAUGUGAGAUAAUAUUUUAUAAUAGAAGAAAUAUAUAUCGUUAUACAUAUAUACUUUAUAUAUAUACAUAUUAUAUAAAGUAUAGGAUAUUGCUUUUGCAAAAUAGGGGAAACGGUAAUUUUUUAACUAUUUGUGUCAUUGUCAUUGCAUCACAUACGAAUACGAGAGGAAUAACUAUAUUCAAUGGACAAUAGUGAAAAAAAAAAA